AAGAAAGAAAAAAGACAGAAAAAAUAAUUAACUUCUACUUCCCCAACACUAACCCUAACUUGAUCAAAAUCGAUUUUUUCCCCAAAAUUAAACGAACCCCAUACCCCAAACUACGAAUUCACCAUCCGAUUCCUUCAAUGGAGGCUCCGGGCUCAUCGAAGAAGAUGAUAGCGACGCAGGAAGAGAUGGUGGAGGCGAAAGUCCCGCUGGCUUACAGAGACCAGUGCGCCCAUCUGCUCAUCCCCCUCAACAAGUGCCGCCAGGCAGAGCUCUACCUGCCAUGGAAGUGCAGCUCAGAGCGCCACACCUACGAGAAGUGUGAGUACGAGCUCGUCAUGGAGCGGAUGCUCCAGAUGCAGAAGAUCCGCGAGCGCGAGGCCCAGCUGAAGUCGCAGCCCAUUCCGCUCCUCCCCAAAACCGCCAAUGCUUGAUUCGACAUUUUGACCAUGAUCAAUAAUCAUUUUGAGGAAGAAGCUGGAAGUAUUGACAGUGCCAGAAUGUGGUGUGAGUUUUAUCAGAACUCUUCCCUGUUGUACAAUUUAUAACUUUGGUUUACUCAUGGUACAUCAAUUUGUAAUAAACCGCGCACCCGCUUGUGUUCCAUGUUUACUUAUUUUUCGAUGAUGGUGAUGCAUAAUGUUUGGGGAUUUGUUUCUUA